AUGUAUUUUGUUUUUCCUGUUGCUGGCAGUUUUUAUCUUCGGCGUGCUUUUGGCAUUUUUGGUAGGGCAUUGGAUUGCCAAAUCGGAGAACAGUCCAGAUCAGUUGGUAUGUUAGAUUUUACGAAGGUGAUUUCAAAAGAACAAAUUUUCGGUAAUGUAUCAAUACUUCUUGAAUCAUAUGGUAAUUCUACAGCACCUCAUGAAGUUGCCUUUCAUGCAGCAGCAAAUGUAUAUAUUGACAGAGUACGCCUACAUCAUCGAGGAAAGAAUAUUGGUAUAGAAACAUUCAAACGAGAGCAACGUGCCAGGAUAAUUCGACUUUUACUCGAACAACCUUUGGAACAUGGAUGGUAUUCACUCGAAAUGCAAUUUGUUACGAGAAUUUGCGAGGACACCAAUGGAGGAGUACAAUGUUAUCGCGGUAUAGAAAAUGAUGACAAUCCACCAUCAAGAAAUCAACGCUUACCGAUAAUUAGUUUUACCACAAAAUUCCAGCCAUCAUUGGCGAGAACUUUUUUUCCAUGUUGGGAUGAACCGAAUUGGAAGGCAACAUACAACAUUACCAUAUUGCACUCAAGUUCGAUCACAGUUUUAACAAAUGCAGCGCCAAUCCAUUUCACUCAGAUGCAACGACUCUCCUUUGUUCGUACCAAGUUUCGAGGAACACCACCAAUUCCGGCAUUUUUACUCGCAUUUGCUUUUGGCCCGUACAAUAGUUUGGAGACGAGUACUGGGUAUGAUGUACGACUUACUAUAUGGACAUUUCCAGAAGAUCUCGUUUAUGCCAGAUUUGCUGCAAACUUUUCUCCCCAUAUGUUCGAUCAACUUGUAAAAGAGUUUGUUAUACCGUAUCCUCUCUCAAAAAUCGACUUUGUAGCUGCUCAUUCAUUUCCAGUUAGCGGUAUGGAAAAUUGGGGAUUAGUUGUAUUCCAGAAGGAAAUGUUCUUACUAGAUUCACUGCUCGAAAGUCAUGCAAAUAUGACGGUGGAUUUAUUGGCUGAACAAUAUGAUAUCGAAAAAGUCAUUACUCAUGAACUUGUUCAUCAAUGGUUUGGAAAUUUGGUUACAAUAAAUGAUUGGUCUGAGUUGUGGUUAAGUGAAGGAUUUGCAACGUAUUACGUAAGUGAUUUUCUGAAAAAACAACGUCCAAUUCUGGCCACUAACGAAUAUUUUCUUCGUCUUUCUCAGCUACUUUCAAAACAGACGUCAAAUGAGAAGGUGCCACUAGUAAAACGUUUCAGAACGGAAGCGGAGGUAGAAAAUGCUUUCAAUCCAUACCAUCUAUACACGAAAGGAGCUGUUAUUGUUAAGAUGAUGCGCGAUUUGGUCGGCGAGAAUAAUUUUCGUGAAGGUGUCAGGAGAUUUUUGAAAACAAACGCCUAUAAAAGCAUUGGACGAUCAGCACUAUGGAAGGCAAUGCCAGCUUACACUGAUCAUGGUUUGGAAAAUAAGAAGCUUGCAAAUGUUAUUGAACCUUGGCUUCUUAAUGAUGGAAUGCCGGAAGUGAUGGUAAGUAAACAUGAUUUAAGUCGAAACUACGACUACGGUAGUAUACGUCUUAUUCCGCGACCAUCUGAUCAAAAUCGUUAUAUCAGUUAUUUACGAGAUGGUAGUACAAGAGGUCAUGAUGCAAAGAAUUCAAGAGCAUCCAUUAAAGAAGUGAAAGCAAAGAAAUGGACGGAUAAACUUUCCAUUGGGUCAAGAAUGAAACAUCGCAGGAUAGAUAGGUCGGAAGAAGCUGAAAUUAGCAAAGAAACCUCAUCAUCAUCUUUUUACGUUGAAUUUAUAAGCAAACAACAAAGUAUUAAAAAUGUGCGGAUCAAUUCGAAGAAGCAGGAAGCUAAACACAAGCAAAUAAUCGACGAUGGUCGUCCUACUGGUAGAAGGAAAAAGGAACGCCAUCACCGGAAAAUAAACGGAAAGCGACGGUCAGCUCAAGAAAAACAAUUCUGGUCAAUACCAUUCACUUAUCAGCUAAGCUCCAAAACGAAUAUUUUUGGUGAUCCAAUAAGAGAAUUGUGGUUGCAUAACAAAACUGUAGUGUUCAUAGACAAUAAAGAACAAACCUCGGCUACGCUUCUAGCAAAUGUUAACUGGAAAUAUCCAUAUCGUGUCAACUAUGAUACUGAAAAUUGGAAAAUGUUAGCAAGACUGCUGCAUGAGAACCAUUUGUCCAUACCGUUAUAUUCCCGAAUACAAUUGAUACUCGAUUCCGAAUUCUAUCUUAAACAAUCGACUGUUCCCGAACUUUAUCUGUACAUUUUAAGCUAUUUAACUAAAGAAAAUGACGUUGGUAUUUUAUUAUUUGGUUUGGAUGCAUUAUACCGCUUUUUCGAUAUGUUUCGCGGAAGUUCAAUCAACAGCUUGCUUUUAUUAUUCCUAAGAGAGGUGGCUGAAUGGCUUGAUAAAGUAAUGGAUGGUACGAAGACAAAACCUGAGUUAGCCGCACUAUGGUUGCUUGAUGCUAAUCGACUCAUUCAAUUUUAUAAACUUCGAUGUGCGGUGAAUUUGUCAACUUGCGAUGCAGAAAAUAAGAUAGAGCAGUGGUUAAAAUCAGGUGGUUUGACAGAAGGUGAUCACUACUCGCAAAUGACUGCUAUUUGUCAUCAUUUGUUCACAAGAGGUACAAAAGAGGGAUAUCAUUUGAUUGAAAAUGGUUUGAAGCAGUUUAGCGGUAAAUGGACAACUGCAAUACAGCUGGCGACAUGUGUGCGCAGUGAACACAUUCUCAAGAAAAUUGCAAGUGAGAUCGUUGCAACACGAAAUGCAGCUGUAUAUACAGCCAUGUUGCAGAAUGAAUUCACACUACUUUACAACAAGAAAUUCCGAGCAUUGUUUUGGAGAGAAAUUGCUGCCAUGCCACUGACAGAGCGUAAACUGUUAUUUUCCAUCGAAACAGAUCAAACAACUCGAGUAGCUCAAAUACUUGUACAUUCAGUACGUUCAUCGGCCGAGUUGGAAUGGCUGAUUGAUAUUGUACCUGACUGGGGUCAUUAUAUGAAGCCACAUAUCGAUUACUUACGUCGCAAAUUUCAAUGGAUCGAUGAAGUUGCUACGCCAAAAAUUGAACAUUUUUUAUUAAAAGUUAUUAGACAGCCGCGCAGUACCCGUGGGGUGAAUAUGUCAUUACUGUUGGCGAGUACAACAGUUCGCCAUAGACGUCCAACAGUUCAGGAAGUUGUCCGAGAUUUCGAUGCAUUUAACAAAACUAUGGAUGAAGUUAGCGAGGAGAAACGAGCUACCGGUGGAUUCCUUGCAAGUUUAUCAUUUCUCAUCAUCACAGUGUUGGUCUUUGGCGAGUUGAGGAAUUAUUUUUACGGUGAUGAAGGACAUUAUUAUAGAUUCUCAGUAGAUACCGCUUUCAAUGAGCAUCCUGAAUUGGAAUUGGAUAUGAUAAUUGCAACUCCUUGUGCGAAUUUGAUGGCAUAUCUUACUGGUACCGCUUCACAUGAAUUCAAUCCUAUGAAUGAAUUCAAACAUGAUCCAACGCGUUUCGAAUUUACGGAAAAAGAAGCGAUCUAUUGGAAUGAACUGAAAAAAGUACAGCGUCGUACCAAAGAAGGAACCACCUUGUUUAAGAGUCUUGACGAAAUGACUUUUGUCAGCGAACGAGUGGAAGAAGGUUUGAAAACUGAAGCAGAAACAAAACAACGUGAAGAAGCGCAUGCAAUACAGUUGGAAAGGAAGAAGAACCCAAAACAGUCUUUGGAUAGUGGAACACUGAUAUUAAUUGGAAAUGGAUUUAACGUAUUUCAUGUUGUUGCAAGUAACUCAGAGAAAAGUGAAGGCACUGCUUGCCGUAUACAUGGUCGCAUGCGUGUCAACAAAGUUAAAGGUGAUAGUUUUGUUGUUAGCACUGGCAAAGGCCUGGGCAGCGAUGGUAUUUUUGCUCAUUUUGGUGGAAUUUCUAGACCUGGUAAUGUUUCUCACCGAAUUGAACGGUUCAAUUUCGGUCCCAGAAUAUACGGUCUUGUGACUCCCCUGGCAGGAAUAGAACAAAUUUCUGAAACAGGUGUAGACGAAUUUCGUUAUUUUUUAAAGAUUGUACCUACGAGAAUAUAUCACAGUGGCCUUUUUGGUGGCUCGACACUUACAUAUCAAUAUUCUGUGACAUUCAUGAAAAAAACACCCAAAAAAGAUGUGCAUAAACAUGCGGCUAUCAUUAUCCAUUAUGAAUUUGCUGCAACAGUCAUUGAAGUUAGACGCAUUCAAUCUUCUCUGCUGCAGAUGCUCAUACGUUUAUGUUCUGCAGUCGGUGGAGUUUUUGCGACAAGUGUCGUACUGAAUAGCAUAUUUGUACGUAUGUCAAGUGUUUGGAUAAGUACUUCAAAAAGAGUAAAGAAAAUACGGUCGGUCGAUUCGCAGUUAGAGAUUAUACAGCCCGGGAUUGUUGUUGAUACUUAA